CUAGUUUCACUGGUUCCAACCUCCUCUCGCCGUUCCUUGGGUGUAAACCCCCCGGGUUUCAGUUCUUUCAAACCGGCUACUGAAAGGGUCCUAAAUGGCCAUUGAAAAGGAAAAAGGAAUACGCUGAGACGUCGCUUACGUCCCUGCGCAUGUGCAGUGACCUGAGCGGACUGUCCAGGGCGUGGCCUAAGCGUGGACGCUCCGCGCGUGCGCUCACCUCGCUUCUUGUGGCUGCAGCUGGGAGGCUACUGGAGUAUGUCGGCCCCGUUUGAGGAACGCAGUGGGGUGGUUCCUUGCGGGACGCCGUGGGGUCAGUGGUACCAGACCUUGGAGGAGGUGUUCAUUGAAGUUCAGGUGCCGCCAGGCACUCGCGCCCAGGAUAUCCAGUGCGGCCUGCAGAGCCGGCAUGUGGCGCUGGCCGUGGGUGGUCGCGAGAUCCUUAAGGGCAAACUCUUUGAUUCUACAAUAGCUGAUGAGGGAACAUGGACUUUGGAGGACAGAAAAAUGGUCCGUAUUGUUCUUACAAAGACAAAGAGAGAUGCAGCAAAUUGUUGGACUUCUCUUCUAGAAUCUGAAUAUGCAGCUGAUCCUUGGGUGCAAGACCAAAUGCAGAGAAAACUUACAUUAGAAAGAUUCCAGAAAGAAAAUCCUGGUUUUGACUUCAGUGGAGCAGAAAUCUCAGGAAACUACUCUAAAGGUGGACCAGAUUUCUCAAAUCUUGAGAAAUAACCACUACUUUUUUUUUGCUGCAUUCUGUGGAUCUCAGCAGAUGUUGCCAACUUAAUCAAAGGAACAGAUUAUGUGAUGGAAGGAAAAUGUGGAUACCUGCAGUUAACAAAUUGCAAAAUAUAUUUAACUAUGGUUCUAAAAAUUGUAUUCAAAUAUGAAUUACAUAGGAAACAUCUUAAAUACUGUGGAAGCUAUUCUACUAAUAGAAAGUAACUUUUUUUUUGGACUUGUUUUUUUGCUCAGCAUGAAGUUUUAUAUGCUGCAUUUUACUAAUUUCAUAUUUAACCUGUAUUUUUAAUACAAAAAACAUUAGGGUAUAGAUCAUGUGAAAUGACCGGGUGCCUUCAGGGACAAUUAAAUUUUUCUUUCAAUAAGUGUAAUGCAGGAAUAAUGAUCAAUAAACUUUUCUAAAUAGGAAUUGUGGACCCCUAUGUCUAAGUAUACCAGUUCAUACAAGGAAUUAUAUUACUGAAAAAAGUUUUAAGAAAGGAAAAGUCCACAAAUAUAUUCUGAGUAAUGUAAUUUCAAGAGUUAAUGAAAAUUUCUGAAGUAGCAUAUUAUUCCUUGGGAGAUGACUGUCAAGAAAUUUGAAAAAUAGUUAGAAACCUAACAAUAGGAAUGGAUUAAUACAAAACAGAAGCAGUAAAGUGAAUGUGGUUAUUGGGUGAGUCCUUUGUCAGUGACAGAAAGCAAAUUAUGGUUAAUGUUUAUAAGUAAGUGACAUAAUUUUGCUCUUCAGUGAUCCAGACACAUAAGUAUGGAUUGUCUUAAAACUGUGAUUCAUUCUUUUUAUGUCCUUUGAAAUUUAAAAAUAUUUCUGUCUAUAUUUUUUAAAGGUUUUAUUUUUAAGUAAGCUCUAUACCCAGUGUGGGGCUUAAACCCACAACUCUGAGAUCAAGAGUCUCAUGCUCCAUCGACUGAGCCAGCCACCUGCCCCUAAGAAAUAUUUUGAACAGUCCCAACAUUUAGAAAAGUUACGUGUAAAGUACGCAAAUUGUUUUCUUCCUGAUCUGUUUGUAAGUUUAUGAUACGAUGCUGCAUCACCUCUGAGUACCUUAGUGUGUAUUUCCUUCAAAGAACAUGCUCUUACAUCACAACAAUACAACCAUUAAAAUCAGGAAAUUAGCAUUGAUACCUUCUGACCAUCUAAUCCUCACAUCUUCAUUGCAUUCAAGUUUAACUGAUUGUCCCAGUAAUGUCCUAUAUAGCAAAAAGAUCCAGUUGGAAUCAUGCCUUGCCUUUAGAUUAGAUGUCAGGUGUCUUUGGUCUACUUCAAUCUGUACCAAGUCUUCAUUUUUUCUUGACUUUUGCAGCCUUGGCACUUUUGAAGAUUACAGGCUAGUUUUGUACAAUAUCCCUCGUUCUGAGUUUUGUCUGAUACUUCUUCUUGAUUAGAUUCAGGUUAUGCAUCUUUGGCAGGAAUGUUACAGAAGUGAUGCCACGUUCUUAUUGCAUCCUGUCAUGAGUUAGUAACUUUAAUUUGUCCUUUUUCUGAUGGUCUUUACUUUAGAUCACUGAAUAAGUAAUGUCUGCCAGUCUUAUCCACAGUAAAGCUGUCCUUUUUUGGUUUAUAGUUUUGUGGGAAAGUAGUUUCAGAGUACUACCUUGUUUUUCAUCAAACUUCCAACUUAUAUCUAUAUGGACUCAUGAUUUGCUACUUUGUUCAGUGGGUUAAAAUCUAUUGUUACCAUUACUGUGAUGCUCACAGUUUUUCUUGAUUUGGCCAGGGGAAGACCAUUCUAGGUGACUUCUGUCCUUUUGACAUGUCCCAUCAUUAUUUGAGUAAUUUCUUACUCCCUUCCAUGAGAUAUAACAGACUUAUGGUUUCCCUGCCCUAGCUCAAGAAAAAGCCAUUUUUUUUUUUUAACGUGCCCUGUUUUUUUUAAAUGGAGGAUGGUAUUUAGAAGCCAAGAUUGUGUGCUGGUGAGCAAUUGCUGUUGGUGUGUGGUUUUGUUGCUUAUAUAUAUCUGUAUUUAUUUCUAUAUGUAUAUUUAAAACCAUGAGUUCACACUUACGCUUUCAUUUCUGAUCCCGUGGGGUUCAUUUUUCUUUUCUCCCUUCCUAUAAAACAAUAACAGUGAGAAGCCUGAUUUCUAUAUUCUUAAUGUAUUUGGUUCCCUAUACUAGGUCAUCUUCUCAUCUUCUCAUGAAUUCUUUCUUUACUCUGCUCAGGCUCCCGACACCCUGCUCCAAGCAAGGAUAUCCUCACCUGCUUGCACCCGAACACCCUAUUAUGGGCCAAUGCAACCCAGCCAUACCCUUUGUCAAAAUGUCUACCUUGUUCACUUUACCCAGUUACUUUAGGAAUUAAUUGCUGGGGAAGAGGCUUUUUUCUUCUAAUUGGCUUCUCUUCUUGACAUUUAGAAAAAAAAAUACUUUGAAUAAACAGUAAAUUUAACUCUCCUGUUCAUAGUUUUAUAAAUUUUUAAAAAAAUAUUUAUGUAUUUUGAGCGCGAGCAAGAACCAGCAGGGGAGGGGCAGAGAGAGAGGGAGACAGAAGCCUGAGCAGGUCCAUACUGUUAGCGCAGAACCCAAUACAGGGUUCGAAUUUACAAACUGUGAGAUGAUGAUCUGCGCUGAAAUCAAGAGUUAGAUGCUUAACCAACUGAGUGAGCCAGGUGCCCCCAUAGUUUUGUGAAUUUUUAACAUAUUGAUUCUGUUCAUAAGUUUUGUGAAUUUUAACAUGUAGAGGUAUGUGUAAGCACCUCAUAAAUCAGGAGACUGAACUCUAUGCCCCACACUGGGCUCAAAUUCAUGACGCUGAGAUCAAGUAGACCCAUGCUUUACUGACUGAGCCAGCCAUGCACCCCAAGAGGUUAGUUUAAUCAUCACAAAAACAAUGCUCUUCUUUGUAGUCAUAACCCACUCCUAGCCUCAGACCCUGGCAACCACUGGUUAAGACUGUCUCUAGUUUUGUCUUUUCAAGAAUGUUACAGCAAUGGAAUCAUACAUAAUACUAAAAAGAAAA